GCUGGCUCAGAUCACACAUGGAGUUAUUUCUGAAGUGCUGAGACGCCCUGGCUGAGGCUCUCAGUAAACUGCUCAGUCCUUUUCAAGCUUCUGUUGUUUUUUUAAAGGUGCCAAAGCUUUUGUAUUUUGUCUGGGUUGAAAAGGUGCUUCAAUUCAGUGAAAAGUUGAGAGGAUUGGAGACAUGGAGUGGUUCAAGCAGCAGAGAGUGGAGGAUUUCUACAUCAUUGGUGAAGAGCUGGGCAGUGGACAGUUUGCAAUUGUAAAGCACUGCAAAGAGAAGAGCACAGGUCUGGAAUUUGCUGCCAAGUUCAUCAAGAAACGGCAGCGCACUGGGAGCUCCCGGGGGGUGCGUCGAGAGGAAAUAGAGCGGGAGGUCAGCAUCCUGCAGCAGAUCCAGCACCCAAACAUCAUCAUGCUGCACGACGUCUACGAGAACCGCACUGAUGUCGUCCUCAUCCUGGAGCUUGUCUCUGGAGGGGAAUUAUUUGACUUCCUGGCCCAAAAGGAGUCUUUGAGUGAGGAAGAGGCCACCCAGUUCAUCAAACAAAUCCUGGAAGGCGUUAACUACCUCCACACCAGAAAAAUCGCCCACUUUGACCUCAAGCCUGAAAACAUAAUGCUGCUGGACAAGAAUGUUCCACUGCCAAGAAUCAAAUUAAUUGAUUUUGGUUUGGCCCACAAGAUUGAAGCUGGAGUGGAGUUCAAAAACAUCUUUGGGACGCCUGAGUUUGUUGCACCAGAAAUUGUCAACUACGAACCUCUGGGACUGGAAGCAGACAUGUGGAGCAUUGGCGUCAUCACCUAUAUCCUGCUGAGCGGAGCCUCUCCUUUCCUUGGGGAAACCAAACAGGACACGCUGGGGAACAUCUCAGCCAUCAAUUAUGAGUUUGAUGAGGAGUUCUUCUGUUCCACCAGUGAUCUGGCCAAGAGGUUCAUCAGCCAGCUUCUGGAGAGAGACAGGGGAAAACGAUUAACAAUUCAAGAUGCCCUCAAUCACCCAUGGAUCAAGUUCAAUGAACAGAAAGAAGAAAAUAAAGUCACAGAGCCAAAGAAGCGGGAGCGGCGACAGCUGAAGACCAAACGCCUAAAGGAGUACACCAUUAAGUCCCACUCCAGCAUGCCCCCCAACAACACAUAUGUGAACUUUGAGCGCUUUGCCCAGGUGAUGGAGGACAUCGAGCAUAUGGAGAGCUUGUUCAUGAGCCUGGCUGCAAACCACGACUGCCUGCAGGGAGACGUGGAUGGCAUCGUUUCCAUCUUCAAUGAGAAGGAGGCCUGGUACAAAGAAGAGAGUGAAGGUAUACGCCACGAGCUCUCACAGAUUCGCUAUGAGUUUCGGAAAGUGGAGGCCUCAAAGAGGAGCCUGCAUGAAGACAUGCAGGCGUUCAGCUGCAGCCUCAGUGCAGUCAGUAAUCGUUACCAAGAGAGGCACAAACACCUGGAUUCGCUGCGACAAGACAUCGGCAAAGAGCUGCAAUGGCUACAGGAGGUUGUGGCGGCAGUACCUAUGGACGUAGAGGGUGGAGGAUACCAGAACUGCAGCUUCUCCACAGUCUUAAACAAUGAUGUGAAUGAAGCUCUCAAAGAUUUACUGAACCGCUCCUGUGGAGGGGAGCUACUGUCUGGGAUCAACCAGGUCUUUUCUGAGACAGGACAGCAGAGAUAAUCAAUAAAGCUCUUUCUGAUCUAACGUGUGGCAGUGACAAAGUAAUGUAUUACUUUAACAUGUAAUCUUUUACUGUAAUAAACGAGGAUUACAGAGAAA